CCCUGACUGGUGCAAGAGCAACAUGACAAAACUGGUGCAGAAGUUUUUGCAAGCCCAACAGUUGUCAGGAGGUGUCUCUGCUGGUGAUGUGAUAAUCCAGCAGUUUAGUAACAUGUUAUCUGCUGAAAAUGAGACCCUUGUCUCAUACAGAUCCACAGAGACCAGGCUAGAUACGUUCUUGCAUGGUGUACUUGCCGAGCGCUAUGAUGAGUUGUGGGGCUUUUGCAAGAAACUGCUUCUCCUGUCCCAUGGGCAGGCUACAGUGGAGAGGGGAUUCUCCAUUAACAAAGAAGUGGAGACCUGCAAUAUGCAGGAGGAGACAAUGGUCACACAUCGACUGGUAUGCGAUUAUGUCAACAUCUGUGGAGGGCUCCUCAAUGUGCCUAUUUCUAAAGAGUUACUGGCCUCAGCUGCAUCUGCCAGGUCUAGAUAUAGAAUGCACCUGGAUCAGCAGAAGGCUAAGAAAAUUACAGAUGUCCAGGCACAGAAACGGAAAUCUUUAGAAGAAAACAUUGAGCACCUGAAAAAGAAAAAGAAAAUUCUGGUCCAGGUAUCUAUGAGCCUGCAGAGGGAUGCGGAUCAGCUUGCAGAAGAAGCUGAAGGAAAAGCUGGCACCUUGAUGGCACAGCUCAUUACAAAAUCGAACACACUGAGGAAGAGGUAUAAAGAAAAAACAAGUGAAUUACAGCAAAUUGAGACCGAGUUGGAGGCAAAGGGCAAAGAACUGAGAUCAAUACAGUAAAAAACAAAUGUUCAGGUUAAUGGCAUGCAGUGUACUUACUGCUGUGCAGUGUUUGUUUGAAAUCUUCAUAAGCCCAUGGCUGUCAAUAUUAUUCCUAAUGAUUAGUCAGUGCAAAGAAUAUUUUGCAAUUUUGUUUCACUCUUUCUGUAAAUCAAUAAAGAGUUUAAUUGGUUGUGUUGUGUGGUGUUUGCAAAUUUGUUACUACAAAAUUGGUCUUAAAUUUCAUUCUGUACGGUAUUAAAAAGGUCUUAAAAAGUCUUAAAUCUAUCUCGUAGAAACCUGCAGAUACCCUG